AUGGACCUGGAAGAUUCGUGCGAACUCUCCCCCGGGACCUUGUCUCGGCAGUCAGCAGAUAGCACACCGACCGUCGCAACGUGGACCACAGAGCCUGACGACUCGGUCCCCGAUGUGACUGCCGACGACGGCUCUGCAGUCUCGUCGGCGUCCCUGUCCGCUCGGCGCGAGCAGUACGUCUUGGUGACGGGGGGGCUGGGCUUCAUCGGGAGCCACACGGCCGUGGAGCUCCUCAAGUCCGGCUUCAACGUCAUCAUCGUGGACGACUUGAGCAACAGCUUCCGCAGCGUCCUCGACGGCAUCCUGGAGAUAGGGCGGCGCUACUACUGCGAAGCCAGCGGUCCCCGUGGACACGGCACCUGUCCCAUGGUCGAGAUGCACCAGAUAAGCUACCGCGACCUGCCGGCCAUGCGCUCCAUCCUCGAACUUCACUCCUUUCCCAGCCCGACGGGAGAGAUUGUGCGCUCCAACAUCGUCGGCGUCGUCCACCUGGCGGCGUACAAGGCCGUGGAGGAGAGUGUCCGCCACCCCCUGCGAUACUACCAGAACAACGUCAACGGCCUCGUCGACCUCAUGGCGCUGCUCGACGAGUUCGGCGUCAAGACCUUCAUCUUCUCCUCCUCCGCCGCCGUCUACGGCUCGCUGUCGCACCGGGCCCGCCCCCUCCGCGAGGAGAACUGCAUCCACCCGUGCGAGAUGGCGCGGGAGCCGGCCGGCGCGGAGCAGCCGCCGCCGCCGCCGCCGCAGUCGUCGUGCGCCGUCAUCGCCAACCCCUACGGGCGCACCAAGCUCUUCGCCGAGGCCAUCCUGUCCGACCUGGUGGCGUCGGACCCGUCGUGGAACGUCGUCGUCCUGCGCUACUUCAACCCCGUCGGGUGCGACGACUCGGGCCUCCUCGCCGACAACCCGCGCGGCACGCCGUCCAGCCUGGUCCCCGUCGUCACGCAGGUCAUGACGGGACAGCGGCCCCGUGUCCAAGUCUACGGCGGCGACUGGGACACCGCCGACGGCACCGCCGUCCGCGACUUCAUCCACGUCAGCGACCUUGCGCGCGGCCACACCGCCGCCCUGCUUGCCUGCCGCGACGGCCGCGUCGCCGGCAGCUACCGCACCUACAACCUCGGAACCGGCGCCGGCCACUCCGUUCUCGACGUCGUCCGGGCCAUGGAGGCCGUGUCUGGCCGGCCCAUUCCGCGCGCCGUCGUUGCCCGCCGCCCGGGGGACGUUGCGAGCUCCGUUGCCGCCGUGGACCGCGCGCGCCGCGAGCUGUGCUGGGAGACGAAGAGGACGCUGCUUGACGCCUGCCAAAGCGUCUGUGGUCGCCUGAAGCUGCUCCGGGCCGGCAGUGCGGCGUAA